AGACAGCAAAGUCCAUUUGCUGAGGCCAACCCAGCAGGGCAACAGGAAGAAGAUAGAAUGAGAAGGGGAAAUGAAGGAGAGAGGGAGAGAAAAACAGCAAGUAACGAAGAGAGUGUUAAGCAGCCACAUGCAGAGAGUUAGGGGGAAGUAGUGCCUCUGUGUGCAGUUCUGGUCACCGGUGUUCACUAAAGAGCUAUUCACUCUGGAACAGUUUUGAUUGCUUAAUUGAAGUCUGCACAGUGGCUGUGGUCAUCAGGACAAGGGCAUUCACCUGCUUCCAGCUCUGCUCGGAGAAAGGAACUGUUGUCGUUCCACAUCUGGCAAGAACCCGGCAUUGCAUCCACAUCACCACAACUGCUGGAAAGAAUCUGUGAAAUGUAACCAGUGAUUGACCUCCAAACCACCGAUUCCAGGAGACGCAUUGAAGAGCUGGUGACGGAAUCUGCAGAGAGAGAGACACCCAUCCACUUCCAAAGGGUGGGGGGGGAUGACCUGACCCCUGCUCCCCUGAGGGUAAUGAUCUUCCUCCACGCCCCUUAAUGUGCUCCAUUUGUCUAUCAGUGGCCUGAACUACAUCACUGAGACCCUGUACAGGUUCUGCCGGGCAUGUCAAAUGCCAGCAUCUCUCAAAGUCUGGACCAAUGCAAAGAUUACAGCUCCAACCACCGGCUGCACCUGGUUGGGUACAGCCUGAUCUUUGUGGCAGGUUUGAUGCUCAAUGCUGUGGCACUCUGGGUCUUCCUGCGCUACCUGCACCUCAAGUCUGUGGUGAGCAUCUAUAUGUUCAACCUAGCAGUAAGCGACCUGCUCUUCACACUCUCGCUGCCACUACGGCUCUCUUACUACUCCAGCCAGCACUGGCCAUUUGGCAAUUUCCUUUGCCAGGUGUCAGGUUCCCUCUUCCAGAUCAACAUGUAUGGCAGCUGCCUCUUCCUCAUGUGCAUCAACCUGGACCGCUACAUUGCCAUUGUCCACCCACUCCGCUGGCGCCACCUUCGGCGGCCCAAGUUGGCCCGGCUGCUCUGCCUGGUGGUGUGGGUGCUUAUCCUGGUGGGCUCUGUUCCAGCUGCUGGUGUCCACAGGUCAAGUUCCUGCAUCAAAGGGAACCAGACCAUCGCUCUGUGUUUUGAAAGCUUCAGUGAUGGCCUGUGGCAGAAGCGCAUCUUCCCACUGGUCAUUCUGGCUGAAAUCCUGGGCUUCCUCUUGCCACUGACCUCUGUGAUGUACUGCUCAAUUAGAAUCUUCCAGAAGCUAUGCCAGGCCAGUGGGACACAGAGCCUGCACCAGCAGAAGACUAUCCGCCUGCUUGUGGUCAAUCUGGUAAUCUUCAUCAUCUGCUUUGUGCCCUACAACACAACUCUGGCAGUGUAUGGGAUGAUAAAGGCCCACGUGAUUCAGGCUGAGCCACCAGUUCGGGACUCCGUGCGCCAGGUGCUUAUUGUCACAGUGCUGUUAGCCAGCAUGAACUGCUCUCUGGACCCCCUAAUUUACUACUUUAGCACUGAAGGUUUCCGGAACACCUUCAAGAAGCUCCGUCAUGGCCAGGCAUGGGACUCUGACACAGGGAUGGCCAAGACUCAGGUCACAGAGGAGAAACCCUAUAGAGCACACUCUAGUCUAGGAGUAAAGCGGUACCCAGUUCAAAACUUCAUCCUCCCCAAAGAGGACUUGCCACUGGCUCCCAUCAAAAUAUUUUUGAAUGGCCCAAUUGAGGACUCUGAAAUAUAAUCCUGGAAGGCAUGGGGUUGCUGAGUUUAUAGGGUAGCCAUAAGAUGCCAGGAAGAUUGUGGAAGUUGGCUAGAGUGUACCCUGAUCAAACUGGAGAAGCUCAGUAGGGUGGUAAAGAAAUGUGAGAAGCCAUGUGAGGAUGGUAAACUUGG